GUGGCCUAUCAUUUGAUACAGAAAUAUCAAGUUAUUUUCGUUCAACUAUUUUAACACCUAGCUAUGCGUUUGAAGAAUUCGCUCUAUGUAAUGUCUGCGGUUGCUUUGCUAGUAAAUGCAAAAGUGGCAAAAGAUGAUGUAGACAAGGUAAUAGAAGAUGAAAUAACCCAAAAGCUCAGCAGCGACCUGGUGCAGAGCAUUGAGAGGAAGUUUCAAGUUGAUUUAGAAAGAUCUGUGGACAUGGUAUUGAUAAAAAUAAGACUACUCCUCCAAAAUGGAACCCAGCACAUUCAAAGUAAACUGAUAGAGUUGCAAACCAUGAUGGACAUCAUUAAAAGUCAUGGAGAGGAAGCGGUCAAUAAAUGUCUGUCUGAGAAGCAGAAUGUGACUACAGCAUUGGCAGAGAAUGCUCUUCAUCAGAUGGUCGUGUGUGGGUAUGCUCUGAUCGGACAGGACCCUUCGCAGGCUGUAAGGAAUGUCCUAGGUUUGAAGACCAUGAUUAAGGAACGGGUGAAACCGAUUAACGAACAAAAGAGUGAAAUUUAUGGGCUGCUGAAAGUCUGCGGCCACGAGCAUGACUCCCUGAAGAAGGUCGUCAAAUGCGUCAUAUCCAAGUCACCUGUCAUCAAAUCAACCAUGAUGGAAAUAACUGGGAAAUUAAUUGAAGGUGUUGUAGAUUUGACGAAACAAAUGGCUCAUGGGGCAAUGCACGAAGCUUGUCUUAUAGAAGUCGUUAAAGCUAUAGAAACUGAAGCUAUGGAUAUCGUCAAAGAUAUACAGGAAUGCGCAUACAAAAACCUAACUUUCAUUGAAGUUAAUAAUUACAUCGCUGAAAACAACGCUACAGUUCUUGAUGUAGAAAAGCAUAAUAAAACAGCUAAUGAAACCAAUGUUAAAGAUGUGCAGGAUUUAUUGAGACGAAUGUUAGAAAAAGAUAGUGCUACGAAUUUCGAUAACUUAAAAGUUAAGCUGAAAGAACUGCACAAGGAUUUGAAUAAUAUUGACAACAAUUUGGUUCUAAAUGAUGUAGAUAAUAAAGAUGUUUAAUUAUA